CAUUUUGUCUUGUUCAGGUCGAUCGGUGGAGGAGGUGGUCUGGAAAAUGGCUGACGGAGUUGAUCACAUCGACAUCUACGCCGAUGUUGAAGAGGAUUUCAACCAGGAAUCAGACUACCCUGCCCAUGACCAGAUAGACUUGUAUGACGAUGUUAUCUCUCCUUCGGCCAAUAAUAACGGAGACGCACCUGAGGACCGGGACUACCUGGACAACCUACCCCCACCUGCUGGCUCCGAGGGGAACAAGAGCACCCCGCCCAACGUGGUUUACACGUACACUGGCAAGAGGAUCGCCCUGUACAUAGGCAAUCUCACAUGGUGGACAACAGACGAAGAUUUGACAGACGCCAUUGGAUCGAUAGGCAUUAAGGAUCUGCUGGAGAUCAAGUUCUUUGAGAACAGAGCCAACGGCCAGAGUAAAGGGUUUGCCCUGGUGUGUGUGGGCUCAGACACGUCCUCUAGGAAGCUACUGGACCUGCUGGCUAAACGGGAGCUCCACGGACAGAACCCCAUUGUUACCCCCUGCAACAAACAGUCCCUCAGCCAGUUCGAGAUGCAGUCUCGGAAAAGUACAUCGGGUGGGCAGAUGUCCGGAGAUGGGAAGGCGGGACCCCCCACCAUGGGCCCCCGCGGUGGCUUCCCCAUGGGCAUGGGUAGGGGCCGAGGCCGCUUCCCCGGGCCUCCUGGCCCUGGAGGAGACCGCUUCCCUGGGCCUAUCGGACCCGGAGGGCCCCCGCCACACUUCCCAGGGUCGGGGAUGAGGCCACCUGAACUCAUUAACCAUAGACACCAAGAAGGCCACCUGAUGGAUAUGAAUUUCAAUUGCUUCCCGCCGGGACGUGAUGGGAAUUGGCGACCCAGAGGUGGUAUGCAGGGCCCACCUCGACCCCCUCUUGGCCCACUAGGUCCCCCUGGACCCCUAGGCCCCCCUCCCCCAGGACAGGGCCUCCCCCUCCCAUGCAAGGCCCCCAACCGUGGCGCGCCCCCACCCCCGGUCAUGUUCCCCGGCCAGUUCGGCCAGCCCCCUGGGUCCUCUCCCCCUGGUCCUCCCCCACACGGCUUCGGCCCUCCUCCUGGCCCCCCACCCCCCAAAGGGCCCUCCACCCCGGGUCAUUUCCCUCCUCGCCCCCCCGGGCCGCUUGGACCACCUCUGGCCCUCGCUCCCCCACCACACAUGACCGGGCCCCGACCUGGAGGCCCCCCACCGGCUCCCCAUGUCAACCCAGCGUUCUUCCCUCCUCCUGGGGGUCCUAACAACAUGGGGGGCCCUCCUGGAGGAGACGGCAGGGGCCCCAACGGGCCCAACGACCCCUAUGGACGGCCACCUCCGUAUGACCGGGGAGACUUCGGCCCCGCCGGCAGUAACCAGCGUCCCCCGCUAAUCUGUGAGUUUGACCUCAGGGCCCCCCUGCCCCGCGGCUGCCCAGACCCCUGGAUUAACGAGGGUUUGGUCGAUCUGAAAAAUGGCGGCCAGCACUUGCACAAUGCGAGUGACCCAGGGGAGAUGGAGUCGGCGCGGACACCGCUGAGCGAGGCAGAGUUUGAGGAGAUCAUGAACCGGAACCGAGCCAUCUCCAGUAGUGCCAUCUCUAGGGCGGUGUCAGAUGCUAGCGCUGCUGACUACGGCAGUGCCAUAGAGACUCUGGUGACAGCCAUCUCUUUGAUCAAGCAGUCCAAGGUCUCUGCUGACGACCGCUGCAAGGUCCUCAUCAGCUCUCUACAGGACUGUCUCCACGGCAUCGAGAACAAGUCCUACGGCUCUGCCUCCAGUUCUGCCCCUAAAAGACGCGAGAGGUCGAGGGAGCGUGACCACAGCCGUUCCCGGGAGAAGAGCCGGCGCCACAAGUCCCGUAGCCGCGACCGCCACGAGGACUACUACCGCGAACGCAGCCGGGAGAGAGAACGACACCGCGGGGACAGAGAACGAGAACGUGAACGAGACCGCGAGAGGGAGUACCGACAUCGUUAGAGGAGCCUACGGAAGAGGACAGGGACGAGGACGCCUCUUCACAACCAGCAGGCCCUACAUCAGGAUCGCCUUGUCAACUAGUCCCCCCCCCCCCCCCUCUCUGUCUGUGUCUCCAUGGUUACCAGGGGACUGACUACCUGGGAAUCGCUCACAGCUGUGUAAGGCUAUAAGUAGUGUUCUUUAAAAUCAUUCUCAUGGUAUAAAAAAAACUACUCGACAGCUAUUUUUAUUUUACUGAAAUUUUAUUUGAUGUGAACGAAAAAAUGAUUACCUACCUGUGUUGACAGGCUUCUUUCAAGCUUUGCGAAAAUAACAAAUGACUACAUUUGCCUGCUCUAUUCCAAAACGGACAGCUUUUGACUGCUAUAAUGUGUACAUUUUGUCAGGUUAAGAGCUGAUUUUUACAGGGAGGUGUUUGUUGUUUUUUCGUCUUCAGUUCCUCUCGUGCCCCUCCCUACUUUUCUCCUUAGGAUAAUGUUUGUAAAUGUCUCUGCUUUGAAUAUUAAAAUAGAUUCUGUGUUGUAAUAAACUUGUUUACUGGG